GCCGCGGGGCGGGAAGGGGCGGGCGCGAAGAUGGCGGCGCUGGGGGCGCGGGGCUCGGCGGCGCUGCCCGCGCGGCUGCGGGCGCUCUGGGCGCUCCCGGCGCGGCGGGCGCUGGCGGCGGAUGCGGGCGACGGAAAGGCCGCCCAGCCCAGGCCCGCCUUCACGGACGAAGCGGUUCAGACCCUGCUGUACAAAAUGACGGGACUCGACCUGCACAAGGUGUUCCGGCCCGUGAAAAAGGGCCUCAAGCCCCCUCACUACAAGCUGAUGACCGAAGCUCAGCUGGAAGAGGCCACAAGAAAAGCCAUUGAGGAAGCUAAAACAAAACUAAUCAUGCCCCCUGUUUUAAAUGAACGAGAGCCAAUAGAUGAUGUCUUAGCAGAAGACAAAGUCCUUGAAGGAACUGAAACUGCCAAAUAUGUAUUUACAGAUCUAAGCUACUCCAUUCCACAUCGUGAACGUUUCAUUGUGGUUAGAGAACCAAGCGGGGUGUUACGCAAAGCCACCUGGGAGGAGCGAGACAGGAUGAUCCAGAUCUUCUUCCCAAAGGAAGGGCGCCGGGUCAUCCCCCCUACAUUGUUCAAGGAUGAGAACCUCGGGACUGUGUUUCAGCAAGACCGUCAUGAGGAUGUCCUGAACAUGUGCAUUGCUCAGUUUGAGCCAGAUUCACCUGAUUAUAUCAGAGUUCACCACCGCACCUACGAGGACAUCGAGAAACACGGCAAGUACGACCUGCUGCGCUCAACCAGGCACUUCGGGGGCAUGGUGUGGUACCUGCUCAGCAGGAAGAAGGCAGAUGGCUUACUCAUAGACAUGAUCAACAGAGACCUGCUGGAGGAUGCUACAAGUUUAAUUACACUGUAUCAUAUGCUUCACCCUGAAUGUCAGUCAGCAAAGGAAGCUAAAGAAGGAAAACUUCAAGGAGUUGAUCUGAUCAAGGUAUUUGUGAAAACUGAAUCCCAGAGAGAAGGUUAUAUCCAGCUGGCCCUGCAAGCUUAUGAAGAAGCAAUGGCUACUUCUUCAGUUUCAUGAAGUAAACCUCAGCUCAUCAGAAGUUUUAAGUCUAUAUAAAGACUUUCUGUACAGGAUUCCACAAUAAAUACUUGAAAAUGA